AUGCAGAGCAGAGGUCUGCAAAGACCCUCCAAAGGGGAGACAGAAGAUGAUCUUCUCCGUGCUCAGAAGCAAAUGCUGGGGAUGGGCGAGAAUGAGGUUCCCUCGGCCACAGUAAUCAGGACUGGGCCUCCAACUAUCAGGCGUAGUGGGUUAGGCGACGGUACCGCCAUGCAAGCGAAUAAGAGCCAUGCGGUCAAAGAAGUCAGACGAGAACGUGAUGAGAGUCGACA